GCACUGGUUUGUAGCUCGGUGUCAAAGGAAGAAGAGGGUAGAGGGAUGCGGAUAUGCGUGAGACUGGGCAGAGAUGGUGGACCUCUUGCUGGAUUAAAAGAGUCCUCAGAACAUUAGUUUUGACGACAUCACCUCCAGCACAGCAACAGCUAGCUACCAGCUAGCCGCUAACCAGCGCCAGUGAACGCCACUUCACGUAAACUACUGAGCUGUCGUCACAGUCUAAGAACAAGGAACCAGUAUGGACUCGUGGGUCCGCUUUACCGCCCAGAGCCAGGCCAAGGAGCGUGUCAUUAGGGCUGCUCAGUAUGCCUGCACUCUCCUUGGCUACACACUUCAGAAGGGCGGGGCAGCGGCUGAACUCCGCAAAUCCAUCAGUCAGCUGGAGGCACACAUGAGCCUGACGAGAAAGUUGUUGCGCCUGGGAAACUCUGUGGAGGCAUUGGAGGCUGCCAAGAGGGCCAUACACCUUUCUGACAGCGUGCUGAGGCUGUGCCUGACUAUCAGCCACCUCAACAGAGCCAUGUACUUUGCCUGUGACAAUGUUGUGUGGGCUGGAAAAACAGGCCUCAUCUCCAAACUGGAUCAGCACAAAUGGAGUCAGAGAUCUUUCAGGUACUACCUCUUUGCUCUGAUCCUAAACCUGACUCGAGAUGUGUACGAGCUCCGGCUCCUCAUGGAGUGUGAAGCACGUUACAGAGCCGCCAAAUCCCCACCUUCCCCCUACCCUGGCACCACCCUGGCCGAUGACCACCUGUCCUCCCCAGUCCCUCCAGCCACUGUGGCCUUGCCUGUCAUGUCGGUGUGGCUCCGCAGACAGCUCCACCUGCUGGUGACGGUGCUGUACAGCAACCCGCCACUGCUCUUGGACCUACUGAAGAACAGCUGUGAUAUCUUUAUCCCUCUGGACCGGCUGGGGAUUUACCCUACAGGGUCAGGGUUUGUUGGGGCCUGUGGCCUGGCCUCCUCUGUCCUCUCCAUCCUCACCAUGGUCCACCCCUGGCUCAAACUCAAGCCAUGAACCCAGAUACUCUGAAGUGGUCCACUUGAGGGGCCACAAGGAGGACUGAGAUCACAGUCUAACGGGUAAACACACUGUAAAGAUGGCACAUUCUGGAAUAGCAGCAAGACAUCCAGAUCCUACCAUCUGACAGGUUGCAUCCAUGAGGACCACUGUAACCCCGAGGAGAUUCUUUCACACUGCUUAACACCUCACAGCCCCGCACUGACCUGCAUGUCUGAACUAAUUAGUAGAAGCUGUGCUUCAGAUGGCUCCAUACAGUGCUGUGUAGUGCUGUUCCAGAAAGCCCACUUGUCCUCAUUGUGUCCCACUCACAUAAAGCUAACGGUCAUUCAGCCACACAUGCAGUUCUGUAUGGGAGGAGUGUUGAAAAUGCAAACUGUCCACAUGGUGGGAAGUCUUAGCGGUUCAUUUAGUCCAAUAGAUAGAUGCUGACAGAAACCAAACCACGGUCCUUCAGGGAGAGGGUCAUCAUUCAUGGUCCAUCACAGUCUGAAGAGCAGCUGUUGUCAGCAGCACGCCACACGUGAUCAUUCUCUCUAUCCAUUGCUGUCUGCCCAGUGAUAGGGUCAUAUUAGACAAAAUAACUUUGACAUUGCAAGAUACCUUCUUUCAGUCUAAAUGAAUCAUGUUUUUGUUCAUUUCCACUGGCCUGAAACCACCAUUUACACCCAAUGAGUUUGCAUUUUCAACACUCUUGAUGUAUUUACAUUGUUUGAGCCGUCUGGAGUCCUAGAACACAGAUGCAGGAACAUGGUGAGGAGAAACUGCAACCUGACAGCAUUUCUGGAUUGAUCCUUAACGGCUGUGAGAUUGUGAUGUGUUGCACAUGUGACACCACCCAGCUGUGACAUAGUGAUGCACUGAUAUCAGCUUUUUCAUGUAGCACCACUGUCUCAGUCAGCGAGAUGUGGAGUGAGAGUUUGCAGGGGUCUUUCCUCAUGUUACACUGAGAUACCUGGAGUCUGAUUAUUGCUGACUUGGGUUGAGUAGAUCCCUCUUUCUGUUUGGAACUAUAUAUGAAUCUAUGUAAGCAAGCUACACUGUCUGAUCACCAUCCACUGUACUGGCCUCAGAGAUGUUUCUGUAUUCCUCCUGACACUGCAGCUUACCCUCAUUUAUAGUAGAUAAGUCAAACAGUGGCAUCUAAGAGUAAAACACAAUGACCACUCACUAACUGAUCCUUGGACUGAGCAUUGAAUUCUCCUGCCCUGCUGCAAAGUCAGUGUCUUGAGAAUAAAGUCAAGAAUCAUAUUUUGUCUCAGGAUCCUGUCACUGGUCUUUACUAAAUUUGAAACUCUGGGCCCUUCUCAGAUCAGAGUAACCGAUGUGCUGUACCUAAGUCCUACUAUUGCUUCCUUUUUAUCAGGUUGUCCCUUUGUUAAGGGAGUGUUAAAUCUGAAAAAGAAAGUUACUGUGUUUCAGGUACAGGCCUAUUGACAGAUAAGCAAGGGACACAUUUCUAAUUAGAGCAAAUGCCCGUUUUCUAACAUAGAAUCACAGCCUGUAUUUUUGUUACCAUCCUGACUGGACUGAAUUAUCGAAUGCUAGUUUUCAUUAGUUUUCACACGAGAUGAAGCCAAAAUGUAUUUGCAGAACCAUUCAUGUCCUCCAUAUCACAUGUAUCCAAAUGUGUCAGAAACAGUCUACAUAUUUGUGUACUCAGAUCCAACCUGUUUAUUUCCACCUGUGUGAUUUGGCUGAUGAGGUAAACUGCUACCUGCAAUAAAGAGCAUGUGUGUGGCUGAA